GUCAAUUCACUGAAUUAUGGAAACACAUUGACAAAUUUUUUUAUUUAUUUAUUUUUAAUUUGUUGAACCAAAUAUCGUCGACUCAAUUAUGGAAACACACAAAUAUCACCCAACAAUUUCACAUAUAACAAUCUACUUCUAUCCACCACAACAAUUUCACAUUUUUCGUUUUCAACGACAAUAAAAUAGAAACAUAUAUCAACUAAGUCCGAAGAUCCCAAGAGAUCCGUUAUGACGUCGACGGAGACGGAGUCGUACGGACGGCAAGUGGUGGUGAUAACGGGGUGCUCGGCGGGAGGGAUCGGCCACGCGCUGGCACGCGCGUUCGCGGCGGAGGAUUGCCUGGUGGUGGCGUCGGCGAGGUCGGUGAGCUCCAUGGCCGAUCUGGACGACGAGAACACGUUCUUCCUGCAGGAGCUCGACGUGCGGUCGGAGGAGAGUGUGCAGCACGCGCUGUCGAAUGUUCUGGAGAGGUUCGGCCGGAUUGACAUCCUCGUCAACAACGCCGGAGUACAGUGCGUCGGCCCUGUCGCCGAGGUCCCUCUCUCCGCCGUCCAGACCACUUUUGACACCAAUUUAUAUGGUCCAAUGAGGUUGAUCCAAGCUGUUGUUCCUCACAUGGUAUCAAGGAGAAAGGGAAAGAUAGUAAACGUUGGAAGUGUCACUGCUCUGGCCCCUGGACCAUGGUCUGGUGUUUAUACUGCAUCAAAAGCUGCUCUACAUUCGCUAACGGAUUCUCUUAGAUUGGAACUCCGGCCCUUUGGAAUCGAUGUCAUUACUGUUGUGCCAGGAGCUAUCAGAUCAAACAUAGGAAAUUCUGGCAUGGCUACCUACAAUCAGAUGCCUGAAUGGAAACUGUAUAAACCUUUUGAAGCAGCAAUGCGUGAGAGAAUCUUUCUUUCUCAAAGACCAAAUGCAACGCCCUCAGAAGUGUUUGCGAAGAAGACGGUAGCCGCCGUUCUGAAGAAGAAUCCGCCGCGUUGGUUCUCCUAUGGCCCAUUCUCUACCCUUCUGUCGAUCAUGUACCAUUUGCCACUCUUCAUUAGAGAUUUUGUCUUUAGGAAGCUUAUGAAAUGUUGAUUUUUGAUGGGUAUGUAUUUGCUUGUUGAUCUUCUUGAGAUUUAUAUAGCAAGUGCAUGCUUUCUAUUUUUGGAAUCACGUUUUCAUAGAAGCAUGAAGAUGCUCAGAUUCUAGUAUAAAUUUUAUGAACCAAAGUAAUUUUUUUUUCUAUGUUUUAUUAUAAUUGUGUUUUUUUUUUUCAUCUCUUGAAAUGAAAACUAUAGAAACUAUUGCUAACCACGGUUGUGGUUUUGCUGCGACAAGGACAAGGAUUGAAAAUUUGUGGAAACAGAUAUCUACAAAUUAUUAUAUCUUCAAAUUUUGUUGGAAGUGGCGCUCUGUUUGCUUACGCGGAUGAAGAUGUGUUGGCAUGUUGUGAGAUUAUUACGAGUCAAUAA